AUGCCCAAGGAACACAAGAAGCGCGGCCGCCGCGAAGAGCAGAAAAAGCGGAAGCGCGACCACGACCAUGUCGACGCCGCUCCGAAGCGCCUGAAGAAGGAAGACGACGUCGAGCUUGAGUCCAUCGAAAAUGGUGAGGCGUUCCACCAUGAGCCCGUCGACGUUACCAGACCCGGCGAGCUCACCUACUAUGGCAUGCUCGACGACGAGGAGCAGGAGUACUUCAAGCGCGCCGACGAGAUGCUGGAGCUGAACCAGUUCGAGGAUCCAGAGGCGCGCAACUUAUUCCUCGCCAGCGUGUACAAGGAAGCCGACGGGAAAGAGCUGAAGAUUGCGAAUAGCCAGUCGUGCUCGCGCCUGCUGGAGCGCCUGAUCCUUCUUUCCUCGCCAGACCAGCUGAAAAACCUGUUCCAGAAGUUCAACGGACACUUCCUCAACCUGGUGCAGCACCGGUUUGCCUCCCACUGCUGCGAAGCACUUUUCAUACAUGCCGCCCCCGUCGUCACUCUCGAGCUUGCCGAACCGCAGACCUUACAAACGCCGCCCUCCUCAGAUCCUAAUGCCAUCAUCGUUUCCAUGGAGAGCUUGUUUCUUUACACCCUGGCCGAGCUAGAGGAGCACCUUGGCUACCUAAUGACCGACCGCUUCGCUUCCCAUGUCCUGCGAGUUCUGCUCGUUGUCCUCUCUGGCGCGCCACUCGCGAAAGAGAACAAGAACAAGUCGGUAUUGCAAAGCAAGAGGAAAGAAAAGGUCGGCAUCGCAGGAACCGAGAGAGGACAGGAUUGGGUUUUGGAGAAGAGACCAGUUCCCAAAUCUUUUCUGGAAGCUCUGGAGAAGACGAUCAACGCCAGCGCUUCCACUCUCGACACCGCAAACCUUCGCCUCCUCGCCACACAUCCUCUCGGCAACCCGACGCUGCAACUCCUGCUGAAGCUGGAACUUGCGCACUUCGGGAAGUCGAGGGCAAAGGAUGAAAACUCAAUCAUUCACAAGAUGCUGCCGGACGACCCCAUUGCAGAAGGGACGGAAAGCGCAGCCUUCAUCAACGGCCUCGUAUACGACCCCAUUGGCUCCCGACUACUGGAAACUAUCAUCGAAAGUGCGCCCGGCAAGCUGUUCAAGCAGAUAUACUCGGAAUUCUUCAAGGAAAGAAUGGGCAGCUUGUCACGCAACGAAAUUGCUGGCUACGUAGCUGGCAAGAUCCUGGAAAGGUUAGGAAAGGACGACCUGGACGAAGCGAUGCGCCAGAUUGUCGAGCAGAUCCCAAAUCUCGUCGAGCGAAAUCGAACGGCUAUCAUCAAGACUUUGCUCGAGCGAUGCAUCGCCCGCAACGUGGACAUAUCACUCAUCAAGGAUCAGUUGGAGGCAGUCUACAGCGGUCCCAACGGCUUUGAGGUGACGCGCAUUCUCAGAGUCAGUGAGAGCCCAGCGGAGAACUUGAAGCAAAACGGCAAGCAGGAUCACUCGCCAGAGAAGGUUCACGGAUCGCUACUUGCGCAAACGAUGAUGGCAGUCGAUGGCCCUCUAGGCGACCUCAUCUUCGAUUCACUCGCGAAACUUACCCCAGAACUUUCAGUUCAGCUUGCGCGCGACCCCACCGCAUCGCGAACUCUUCAAGCCGCACUAACUGCAGAACAUGCCUCGGUCAUUUUCCGCCGCAAGAUGAUACAACAGUUUUACGGUCACGUUGGUGAGCUAGCGCUCGAUCCAGCAGCCUCCCGCGUCAUCGAUGCUGUCUGGCACGGCACACAUGGCCUCGCGUUCAUUCGCGAGCGCAUUGCAGAGGAGCUUGCCGAGAACGAGAACUCACUCCGAGAAUCCUUCGUCGGUCGCGCGGUAUGGAGAAACUGGCGCAUGGAUCUCUACAAGCGGAAGAGGGGCGAUUGGGUCAAGCAGUCGAAAUACACCGCGGGCAACGACGGCUUCCAGUCAUUCCCCGAGAGCAACGGCGAGUCUUCCACAACACCUCCGCAUCGUCAGAGCCAUGCUCAAAACCAAAGAGGCGGCAAGCACAUGAGCGCGAUCGAACUUGCUAGGCAAAAACAUGCUGCGAAAGCUGUGGAGGCGAAGAAAAGGGAAGCGCAAACAGACAAGAAGAUGAAAAGGGAGAAAAAAGAUAAACAUGUUGGUGUUGCUGAGAGCAGCAAAGGCAAGGAAAAAGCAAGUGUCGUGGCACAAUAG